UCUCUCUCCCUGAUGCCUGCUUAAAGCCGCUGCCGUUCUCCGAUGACGUUUGUCUUCUUUUCUCUCCCUCCCAACCUAUUUUUUCUCACUUCUUCCCUAUACCUGGGUUUUUUCGCUUUUGCAGCAACCUCAUCUUUACUCAAAUUCGCCAGCAAUGGAACAGGUUCAGAAGCUCCACGACCAGUACGUCGAUGUCAUCGACAAGGCCCUCGACAACGUGCCCGCCGCCCGGUGCUUCCAGGAGAAGACCGGUGUGCGCAAGGCCUACGGCGCCAUCGGCGUCGGCGCUGUCUCCGUGCUGCUGAUUCUGUUCAACAUCGGCGCUCCUCUGCUGGUCAACCUGUUUGGCUUUGGCUUUGCUGCCUACCAGUCGAUGAACGCGAUUGAGUCCCCGGGCAAGGAGGACGACGCCCAGUGGCUUACAUACUGGGUUAUCUUUGGCUUCUUCAACGUCGCCGAGUACUUCACCGGCUUUAUCCUCUACUGGAUCCCCUUCUUCUACGUCCUCAAGCUCGCCUUCCUCGGCUGGCUGAUGCUGCCCAACACUCGCGGCGCCGAGAAGCUGUACCACGGUUCGCUGAAGCCCUUCAUCCAGGCCAAGCUCAACAAGGUCGCUGCCGCGUCCCCGGCUCCUGCGGCCGCCAACCCCAAGCAGGAGUAAACCCAUGCUCUGCCUGGCCAACUCGCAUUUUUCGCCUCGCAGCUUCUCUACGCCGGCUUUUACUUGCCCUGGAUACCUCCUCAUAUGUCACAUGUUCUGCAGCAACUCGA